AUGUGGCAGAACUUGACCUUCAAACCUCUCGAACGACAACUAACCGAAACUGAGUUAGACAACGAUGAAAAUGGCCACUGUCGUCGUGUGUUUGAAGAUGAAAUCUACCGUGAAAAUCUUGUGAACGACGCCGUGAGCGCGCUUCGAUCGGGAAACCGGAACAUUUGCUUAAUGGCGUUGCGUUCGCUCUACAUCGACGUCAAGCAAGCAAUUACAGCUUCAUCUGAUGGUUUGGCUUCUGACUUGUUGCUUUCCUCGUGGUCACUGCGCCCAACAGUUUGCCGUGAAACAAGUGGCUGCAUCUCUGUAAAUUUGGGUCCAGCCAUAUGA